AGAUUGAGGUGGUACUAGCGACUGAUAUUCCCCCAUUUGCUGCAGCUUUUAGCAACAUCGAUCCGGACCUGGUAGGCUCCCUCUGUUGAAACUGGCCAAUCAACGAUUCGCUCACCCCACUACUAGUAUACAGCAAUCAUAUUGGGGACACGUCGAAUGUAUUUACGUUUGAGGACAAAACGUCGAUAUUUACUGGGCCACUGCAACCUUAGACAUUGCGACUUUUUACAUAAUAUUUUACAAAUCUGCGUGAAAAUAUCAACAGCGGUCAUGGAGGAAUCUGUUGGUUGGGCGUCGUGGCAAAAUGUUCAAGGCUUCGGAGAACCUCCUACAGUAAAGUCACAAAUUUUGAACCUUAUUAGGUCCAUACGAACGGUGGCACGAAUUCCAUUGAUAUUCCUAAAUAUCGUAACAAUAAUUGUGAAUAAUUGGUGCUUGGGUGAAAGAAACGAUUGAUGGUGUAAAUAAAAGGACAAUGAGCUGUGAAAAGUGAUGUACAUAAACGCAAAAUUACAUUCUUUUAUUUUUACCUUUGUAUCGAAGAGUAAAGUAUUUUUUAUUA